AUGUACUACUGUAAAAGGUUUUAUCGUAAGAUUUUGGAAUGUUAUGAGUUGGACAUUUCUUCCCCAGAAAAGAUUAAUAUUUUAGAUGCCAUAAACUUGGCUGUCUCGGCUUGGAGAAAUGUGAAACAGGAGUCCAUAGAAAAUUGCUUUCGACACUGUAAAAUUUGUUUGGCUAAUCCAACCGGCUCAAAUGAUUUAAACGAUGUAAAUUUUGGAGAAGACAUUCGUGAGCUUGAGAACUUGAUUACGGGAAUGCAUUAUCGGCACAAAAUGGAUGUGAAUGAGUUGUUGGAUUAUCCAGGUGAAAAUAAUGAAUGUUACGAGGUUCAAAGCAUUGGAGAAAUUAUCGCGGAUACCGUUCAAAAUUUAGUUGAUGAUGAUUCAAUAUAA